CUCGUUUUUUUCUUAAUAUGGAACCACACCAUUUCAUUUUUUACGCCUUUUCUUUCGCCGGAAAAUUAACAACAGAAAAACAGGCAGAAAAUAUCGUCAUCUCCUUCCUUGAGAGGGUUCGCCCAUCCUCCAUUUCUCCUCUAUCUCUGCAAAUACCUUCCCAAACAAAUUUUGAAUUUCUUCGAUCGGUCGCGAAGAAGAUCACAGAAAUUAUAUAUUCGAACGCUCUUCGUUCUCCAAUUUUGAUGAUGGCUGGUAGGGAAAAGAUCGAAUCUCAAAACAACAAUCCGAAGAUGAAUCCGGUUUCGCCUUUCAAUCGAUCGUUGACGAUGGCUCCCGGCCGCACCUCCGGCGAGGCCUUCGGGCUCUCCAGGAAGCCCUCCGUGGAACGGAUCGGGUCAAUUAAGAAGAUCCACGGAUCCUCCGCCUUCGAUUCGAUCGUUUCCGUCGCCGGGAAUUCGUUCACGGGGAAGGUGAAGAAGCUCUGCUCUCUCUUCGACGCUCAGAAACUGUCUCGCGGAUUGUCCAGCUUUCUCCCCCUGCAGCGGCAAUCUUCCACCGUCUCCGCCGCCGCGAAACCCUCGAUUUCCGGAUCUGGCGAUUCUCCGCCUCUGCUGCCUGGGACGGACGACAGAGUGGUCGUUUACUUCACCAGCCUCCGCGGAAUCCGCCGGACGUUCGAGGAUUGCUACACGGCGCGGAUGAUCCUGAAGAGCUUCCGGGUGAACGUGGACGAGAGGGACGUUUCCAUGGACGGCGCGUACAGGGCGGAGCUGCAGAGCGCGUUGGGGGAGAAGAGCGUGAGCCUGCCGCAGAUUUUCAUCAAAGGGAAGUACAUCGGCGGGGCUGAAGUGAUCAAGCAGAUGAACGAAGUGGGCGAGCUGGUCAAACUGCUCAGGGGUCUCCCGGCGCGGCCGCCGGGACGCGCCGCCGUAUGUAACGGCUGCGGAGACGCGCGCUUCUUUCCCUGCACAAAUUGCAACGGGAGCAAGAAAGUGUUCGACGAGGGGGAAGGACAAGUGCGGAGGUGCCACGUUUGCAACGAAUACGGGCUGGUUCGCUGCCCUUUCUGCUGUUAUUGACUGCCCGGCGGGUAUUUAACUGUUUUGUGGAGAUCUUUUUUUUUAAUGGGCUAUUGUCUUGUCACCACGUUUAAUACUCAUCGAAGAUAAUAAAGCAUAUUCUAUUCU